GACCAAGACCGACAAAUGCCAAGACAUCGCGCUGUUCAGGAACAAAUAUGCUCCGGUUGAAAGCCAAGACCUCUCCAAAAAGGGCUUGGCCAGCAAUGGUGCAACCGCAUGGCUUCUUAUAAGUGUGCGGGCAGGCCGGUCGCUUGUUAAUGACCAUCUCUCUCUAUACAGCCUGUAUGGCAACAUCUGCAACAACUGCCGACCACAUGUCAUUCGAUUUAGAAGAGCACAUCAAGAGACCAGACCCCGUUCACUGCUGUCUGGCCCAGCAGGCACGCUCUAGCUUCACUCACAUCAUCGAGAAGCACGAUGCACCGCAAUUUCGUGAACGGUGCGACUCAGCAACGCUCGUCAAUGCGCAUUUCCUGGACGAUACCACGCAAAUCGAAACACUGGUUACGAGUCUACUCAUUGCGCCGGCACUUGCGAUAGCGGCCCUUAUUUAUAUGGUCUUUGUUCUACCAGUUCUAUGGCUUGCAGUGUUCAUCUGUCGGCAAGACCUGGACAUCGGUGUCAGACCGCUUGAGAUAAUUUGGCGGAAAGCGGCAGCGGCUGAGCCUGCGAGGGAAACGGUUCUAAGUGGCUCAUUGAUGCUCUUCAGCCUGGCUAGUCCAUUGAUGGCGAUACUGCUUGCCAUUGGAGCGAUGCUCGCGGCAUUGCAAAUCAUCUAUUCGCUGAUCUUGGCAGAGCAAACAGAUUCAGUCUUGCUCAAAUAUGUUGCGAAUUGCUGGCGUUCUUGGGCGAGGAUGUUUGUAAACGAUAAGUUUGAUGGGAAAGGAGAAGACCCCGUUGCCAUGUACCAGGUCUAGCAACGUUGAUUUCUUGUUGUAGCGUUGCGAUAGCGUAUUGCCAAGUUGUCGUGCCAUGGCUAUCAUCAAGUAACAAAGUUCUCUUCGCUGUCGACAUACUGCUUU